AUGUUACAUGAAAACUGGCAUCGUGUUGAACAAUCUAAAUCAAAACCAAAAAAAAAGUCAAAAGGAACAUCUCAUGUACGCGAUGAAUCAAUUGAUAGUACAUUUGAUGCUACGCUCGAAAGUGCAUCAAAGUCUACUAGUUUUGCUGCAUCAUCAAAACAAAAAUCAGUUCGAAGUUCUACUACUGAUGAAACAAGCGGUUGGGCAAAUGACAUGGCUGGCAACGAUGAUAGUGGUUUAGCUUUAAAUUUGAAAAAUCGUUUUAGAGAUAAUACAAUUGUACCUCCAGUAAUUCGACGAAGUACUCGUCGAGCAGCCGAAGAAAUUAUUGCUACAGAUAUCCCUACAAUUCCAAUGGAUGAAGCUGAUAAUGAAAAUGCAAUUGACAUGACACUACAAGUAGCUGUUGCUCCAAUAUUUUCUGCUAAUCAAAUGGCUUCUUUCAAAGAAAUAGAAAAAGACUUGUCUCGUGCAAACAUCAGUCAAUAUAUUAAUCCUAAAAUUGAUAUUGGUAUUUUAUAUCAGGAGCUUCAUUUACAAGAAGAAUCUAGUGAUGAGGAUCAAAAACCAUGGAAUUGGGACAAAAUUUUUGUUGAAAUUCGAAAUGCAAUAACAAAUCCGGCAACGGAAUGA